AUGGCAUAUACACGCCCUCCGCCGCCCAGACGGCGCAUAGGCUGGCAGGCAAUAGCAGCGAUAACCACACUCAUAUCAUCAGCAUGGCUGCCAGUCGCCCAAGCAGCGAAAAGCGCUUCCGACUAUUACAUCCACGACCUCCCUGGAGCGCCUGCAGAACCCAGGUUGGACAUGUACGCCGGUCACUUAGAAAUCACUCCUGAACACCAUGGAAACCUCUUCUUUUGGCUGGUGAAGAACAGACACAUCGCGAAUAGAAAGCGAACAGUGAUAUGGCUAAAUGGAGGGCCUGGGUGCAGUAGCAUGGACGGCGCAUUGAUGGAGAUUGGGCCAUACAGAGUGAACAAGGACGGGACGUUGAGAUUGUCAGACGGCAGCUGGGACGAGUUCGCGAAUGUGAUAUUCGUGGAUCAGCCAGUGGGAACAGGGUUCAGUUACGCGGAUACGAACUCGUUCGUUCACGAGAUGGACGAGAUGUCGAGUCAAAUGAUCACCUUCCUGUCCAAGUUCUUCGAGGUCUUCCCAGACCAUGAGCACGACGAUCUUUACAUCGCCGGCGAAUCGUAUGCAGGCCAGUGGAUUCCCUACGUCGCAAAAGCAAUCCUCGACCACAACGCUGCCAGCAAAGCCCACGAAUGGAACUUGCAAGGACUGCUUAUUGGCAACGGCUGGAUUUCUGGGCCCGAUCAGUACAUCUCCUACAUUCCCUACAUGUACGAGCAAGGCCUUCUCACUUCCGGAUCGCAAGCGGAUACGGUCGCACGAAACCAGGAGAAGAAGUGUCUUGAAGAUCUUCAAAACGGCGGCGCGGACAAAGUCGAUGUCGGUUCAUGUGAAGCUAUCAUGCAAGAGAUCCUGCGAACCACACAAGGCGAUCAGGGCUGCAUCAACAUGUACGACGUUCGAAAGCACGACACAUAUCCCUCGUGCGGAAUGGCCUGGCCGGCAGAUCUGGAAUUCGUCACCCCCUACCUGCGCAGAGACGACGUCCUCAAAGCGCUGCAUAUCAAUAGCGACAAGAAGACGGGCUGGGUUGAAUGCAACAACCAGGUAUCGGGACAAUUUUCAGCCAGGAACUCAAAGCCAAGCAUGCAGCUGCUACCAGAGCUGCUCGAGAAGAUGCCAAUCAUCCUCUUUUCGGGAGACAAAGAUCUAAUCUGCAAUCACAUUGGCACGGAGAACCUCAUCAACAAUCUAUCGUUCAACGGCGCUUUGGGCAUGGAGAUGUCAAGCGGCAUGACAGCCCCACGCCGGGAUUGGACUUUCGAAGGCGAACCCGCCGGACAGUACCAAACUGCGCGAAACUUGACCUACCUCCGCUUCUACAACUCCUCCCACAUGGUCCCAUUCGACUACCCCCGCCGAACCCGAGACAUGCUCGACCGCUUCAUGGGCGUAGAUAUCGCAUCCAUCGGCGGCAAACCAGCCGACAGCCGCAUCGACGGCGAGAAGGGUGUCGAGGUCAGCGUAGGCGGCCACCCGAACAGCACCGCCGCCGAAGAAGUCGAAAAGGAAAAACUCGAAGCCGCAACCUGGGCGGCCUACCGCCGCGCCGGCGAAGUCGCCCUGUUCUUCGUGAUUGUCGGUGCAGGAGUCUUCGCCUUCUUCGCCAUCCGCAGCCGCCGCCGAAAGCGAGGCUACCUCGGCGUCGCAGGCUCUGAUCCCUAUGAUGGCCGUGGCGGACACGCGAGGUCGAUGAGCGAUGGACUGGGCUUGAAUGAAAGGUACCAUGAAGAUAGGGAUGUCGAGGCGGCGAGGGCGUACGACGAGGCGGAGUUGGACGAUCUAUCGCCGAACGGAAGGUCAAAGGAGCCGUUUAGUCUGGAGGACGAUGAUGAGGAUGAGGAAAGGCAGCAUGGGCGGUCGAACGGGCAUGCGGCGUAG